UCCCUUCUUGAAGAGGCGGAGCUGGGUUGCGUUCUCCUCUGGCCGACGCAGGCCGAACCGGACCGAGGAGAUUCGAGUGGGGCCGAGGCCGGUGGCACCGCGGCCCAGAGCGGAGGUGGCAGGGCGCGCCCCACCCAGCGGCCAGGCGGAGCCUAAGAUGCUGGCUUUUGCCAGGCGGCCCCGCCCGGGCUCCCAGCCGCCUCCGGCCUCGCCCUUUCCGCUGCUGCUGCUGGCGGUGCUGAGCGGCCCGGUAUCCGGCCGCGUUCCCCGCUCGGUUCCCAGGACCUCGCUUCCUAUCUCAGAGGCUGACUCCUAUCUCACCCGGUUCACCGUCCCUCAGACAUACAAUUACUCUGUCCUCCUUGUGGAUCCUGCUUCCCAUACACUUUAUGUCGGCGCCCGGGACACCAUCUUCGCUUUAUCCCUGCCCUUCUCAGGGGAGAGACCCCGCAGGAUUGACUGGAUGGUGCCUGAGGCCCACAGACAGAACUGUAGGAAGAAAGGCAAGAAGGAGGAUGAAUGCCACAAUUUUGUCCAGAUUCUCGCCAUUGCCAAUGCCUCUCACCUCCUCACUUGUGGCACCUUCGCUUUUGACCCGAAGUGCGGGGUUAUUGAUGUGUCCAGUUUCCAGCAGGUUGAAAGACUUGAGAGUGGCCGAGGGAAAUGUCCUUUUGAGCCAGCUCAGCGGUCAGCAGCUGUAAUGGCUGGGGGGGUCCUCUAUGCUGCCACUGUGAAAAACUACUUGGGGACGGAGCCGAUUAUCUCCCGGGCUGUGGGUCGCGCUGAGGACUGGAUUCGGACAGAGACCUUGCCAUCCUGGCUUAACGCCCCAGCCUUUGUUGCAGCCGUGGCCUUGAGCCCAGCCGACUGGGGAGAUGAAGACGGAGAUGACGAGAUCUACUUCUUCUUUACGGAGACUUCCCGAGCAUUUGACUCGUAUGAGCGCAUUAAGGUCCCACGGGUGGCCCGUGUGUGUGCGGGGGACCUUGGGGGCCGGAAGACCCUCCAGCACAGAUGGACAACAUUUCUGAAGGCUGACCUGCUAUGUCCAGGGCCUGAGCAUGGCCGGGCCUCCAGUGUCCUGCAGGACAUGGCCAUUCUUCGACCUGAGCAUGGAUCGGGGACCCUCAUCUUUUAUGGCAUCUUUUCCUCCCAGUGGGAGGGGGCUGCCAUCUCUGCUGUCUGUGCCUUUCUACCACAAGACAUUCGGACAGUGCUGAAUGGUCCCUUCAGAGAGUUGAAACAUGACUGCAACAGGGGACUGCCUGUCAUGGACAAUGACGUACCCCAGCCCAGACCUGGAGAGUGCAUCGCCAACAACAUGAAACUCCAGCAGUUUGGCUCAUCACUUUCCCUGCCUGACCGUGUGCUCACCUUCAUCCGGGACCACCCACUCAUGGACAGGCCGGUGUUUCCCGCCGAUGGUCAUCCCCUGCUCGUCACUACAGAUACAGCCUAUCUCAGAAUUGUGGCCCACAGGGUGACCAGCCUCUCAGGGAAAGAGUACGAUGUGCUCUACCUGGGGACAGAGGAUGGACACCUCCACCGAGCAGUGCAGAUUGGAGCCCAGCUCAGCGUCCUGGAGGAUCUGGCCUUAUUCCCUGAGCCACAGCCAAUUGAGAGCAUGAAAUUGUAUCAAAACUGGCUCCUGGUGGGCUCCCAUACUGAGGUGACACAAGUGAACACAACCAACUGUGGCCGUCUCCAGAGCUGCUCAGAGUGCAUCCUGGCCCAAGACCCUGUGUGUGCCUGGAGCUUCCGGCUGGAUGCGUGUGUGGCCCAUGCUGGGGAGCAUGGAGGGUUGGUCCAAGACAUAGAGUCAGCGGAUGUCUCUUCUUUGUGUCCCAAAGAGCCCGGAGAACGCCCAGUAGUGUUUGAAGUUCCUGUGGCUACAGCUGCGCAUGUGGUCUUGCCAUGUUCCCCAAGUUCAGCAUGGGCGUCCUGUGUGUGGCACCGGCCCAGUGGAGUGACUGCACUUACCCCCCGGCGGGAUGGGCUGGAGGUGGUGGUAACCCCAGGAGCCAUGGGUGCUUAUGCCUGUGAAUGUCAGGAGGGUGGGGCUGCCCGUGUGGUGGCUGCUUACAGCUUGGUAUGGGGCAACCAGCGGGGCCCCCCAAGUCAGGCCCACACAGUAGGGGCGGGACUGGCUGGCUUUGUCCUGGGGGUUCUUGCAGCAUCCCUGACUCUCCUUCUGAUUGGUCGGCGUCAGCAGCGACGGCGACAGAGGGAACUUCUGGCCAGAGACAAGGUGGGCUUGGACCUAGGGGCCCCACCAUCUGGGACCACAAGCUACAGCCAGGACCCUCCCUCUCCUUCUCCUGAAGAUGAGCGGCUGCCCCUGGCCCUGGCCAAGAGGAGCAGUGGCUUUGGUGGCUUCCCUCCCCCCUUUCUGCUUGAUACUUGCCCGAGCCCAGCCCACAUUCGGCUCACUGGGGCUCCUCUAGCCACAUGUGAUGAAACAUCCAUCUAGGGCAAAUGACUGCUAGUGCAUUGGUAGCCCCUGGAGGGGAAUGACCAUUAAGAUGCUGGGGGUAGUGGGCCUGGAAGACGGUCAUGGCCUCUGGGUUCUCUUUUGGUCUUUGUGUAAUCACUUAGACUUCGUGUCUGCCUACUCUGGGCCUGGCUGGGCUCUGGCCCAAGCCUGUGCUUGAUUUCCUGAUUGCCAUGCGAGAUCAGAGCUGCCUUCUCCAGCAAAUCAGGACUUUUCCCAUGCCUGCCCUCUGAACCGCUGCGACCCCUUCAGCCUUGGCCCCCCAUCUUGGGCCCAUUAGUUUGGGGAUGGGGAACAGAACAUAGCUAUGACUUUGCCUUCUGGUGGGCCCUGGCAGGAAGGAAGGCCCCUAGAGGUGGUGUGGGGCUAGUGUGCAUUGAUCUUUUUGUUCAUUCUCUUUAGUUUAUUGGAUUCUCUGUGGGGAGUGCAUGAUCCCCAUGUCGCAACAUGAAAUCUCUGCCCUGAGAUGUCCCCCAACCCAGUUUUCCUUCUUCUGUAAAAGAGUGUGUGUGUAUACACAGGUGUUCGUUGGAGGCCUGGCCACAUGUGCAUGAAUGACUGGGCCAAUGCUCAGGUGUACUCAUGAGGGGUCAGGAGGGGAAGGUGGGAAUGGAGGCAUUGCCUGCAGAACUUCAGACCCUGCAGGCAGUGAAGGAAUGGCUUUCCUUUCUAAAAGGAAACAAGCCACCACCCCAUCCCCAUCAUCUCCUACAACCCUUCUCUUGAGUAGAGAAAAACUCCCCAAGUGACCUUUUGGGUGGGAAGGACAGCGGUACAUGUGACCCCAUCUUUCUCUUUGUUUUUGCCUCCUGGCUGCCACCACUGCCACGCACAGCUGUUCUUUUUCUGGCUGGAGUACAGGCUGGACCGCCUUCUUUGGCUCCCAUUAAAAAAACUUCACAACAUUCUAAGUGUAAGGGACAACAAAAGGGGAAUAGUCAUAGGAAGUAGAAGUUGCAAAAAAAUAGGUUUGUAUCCGUGACUUUACUCAGGUUGACACCCUCGCCCUAAAUCAGAAGUUCUCCACCUGGGGUCCAUGGACUCCCUGAAAUCAUAUGCAAAAUGUUGUCUGUACCUGUGAGUCUGUGUUUUUAUGGGGGUGGGGGGUUAUGGCUUUCAUCAGAUUCUCAAGGCCUUAACAAAGUUAAAGGACCACGCCUCGAGGUUGCCACACAUUGGCCAAGCUGAGGGGUGCCACACAGCGGCAGCUCUUCCUGCCCCACCAUCCCUUCCCUGUGGCCCGCCUGGACUUGCAGCUGCUGGAUGCCCUCUUGUUUCUCCCAUCCCUGGAAACUGGGCUCUGUGUGUAUUUGAAGAUACUGUCAACUCCUACCAAACAUAAAGACCUCUUCCUGCUUCACAGCUCCCAGAUGCUCUAGGCUUCUCCUGCUCAGUCCUGGUCUUGGCCUGUGUAUGUGCCUCGUUCAUCCCUGGUGGGGGACCCCCUUGAGCUCCAGUGAAUGAUCCAGCCCUUCUCAGUUGAAGUUUCAACUCUACUUACCUUGGCAGCAGCCUGUGAACUACUCAAAAGAGUCCCCUUGGGUUUGAGAUUAUCAGUGGCUUUGCCACUAAUAAGUGUAUGAUUUUCAGCAAGUAAUCUAAUAUAGGAACAUUGGUUUACUCAUCUGUAAAGUGGGGAUAAUAAUACCUACCUCAGGGUUGCUGCAAGGAUUAAAUGGGGAAACAUGUAAACAAUAAAGCACUAUCUAUUCCAGUA